AUGGACAGUAAAUUUCACAAAUUGGAAGCCUUGGUGCACAAGGAUUCACCAAGAUCAACAACAUUAAUUGGGCAUACCAACAUUCUUGGUGGCCAAAAACUGUGGAUUUCCAGUUCAGUGCUGAGUUCUCCUCUUACAAAUACAAAUGAGGUCAUUGAUUGUAGUACCCUUUUGUUUUCUAAUAAAGAAACUAAAUCUCAGCCACACUCUUUGCUUCCAUCCGGCUUCACCAUCAAUUCUGGCACCUCAAACGCAAACACUUUUCUCCCAACUUCUUCAUCUCUGAACAACUCAAACUCAAAAUUCUCCAUACGUUUUGAAAACCCGUCCUUCUCCAUCUCCAAUCAAGUCGAAUCCAAACACCCUAUCAAACCAAUUAAUGAGUUGACAAACAUAAUUAGCUACGGAUUGAAGAGUAGUCCAGAAACUGAACCUCAAGGGAAUAAUAAGAAGCUGUACAGAGGAGUGAGACAAAGGCAGUGGGGGAAAUGGGUGGCCGAAAUACGGCUGCCUCGAAAGCGGACGAGGGUUUGGUUGGGGACUUUCGACACGGCGAACGAAGCCGCUUUUGCAUACGACACGGCAGCUUAUAUUUUGAGAGGCGAUUAUGCGCAGCUCAAUUUUCCUCACCUCAAGCACCAAAUCAAGGCAAGGUCGAGGACUAAUAGUAGUAUCGCGGCCAAGAUCUCGAAAAAGUUCGUGGAUAAUAAGAUGAAUAAUGGUGUGGAAGGGCCGGCGUUGGAGUUGGAGUCGAGAAAUAUUAUUGAUGAGAUGAAGAAAAGUGAUGAAGCUGUACAGUUGAGCAGAAUGCCUUCUUUGGACAUGGACCUUAUCUGGGAUGCACUUUUAGAUUCAUCACCAUGUUAA